GGGGAAUGGGUCGAUUCUCCGGAGGAGUUCUGCCGCAGUCAACUCGCAUGACGCUAGCCGUAAUAGUGGGGAGCGCUAGUAUAUUAAUUACCACUGUCGACAAGGCAGCCUGGCCACAAUUAAGAACGCUCACCCCUCCCUCGUUCUUGCCAUCAUUUAUGUAACGUGGCUAUGAAACGAUUUUACCUUGGCGGAAAUGGUCCCCAUUCUCCGACAUUCAAUUCUCAUCAAGUAUAGCUUCAGAUAUGUAUAGAAGGGAAAGUGCCCGUCGGCUAGUAGAGGAAAUUGCCAAGGAUCAUGGCUAUCUCGACGAGACGGUCCUCGGCACUAUGCCGGCAGAGGUGCGGCGAAAGGUCGAGGAAGCCAUGCUCAAGAAAGAUGAGAUGAUCGGAUCUUCUGUGAUAACGUAUGCAACCAUCUCACUGACUGUGUGCUUUUCUAAUUUGACAUUACACAGACUAUCCAAAAACCUUUACAAUAGUAGUGCCAGAUUUGUCUUUGAGCUACUGCAGAAUGCUGAUGACAACUUAUACCAUAAGGCACAAUCACUCGGAUCUAUGCCCUACGUGUCAUUUCGCGUAUAUCCCAAACGGAUUGUGCUAGAGUGUAACGAGGACGGCUUCACUCCUGAGAACUUGACUGCAAUAUGUAGUGUGGGAAAGAGCUCCAAGCAGGGAGCUCAAGGGUAUAUCGGUGAAAAAGGGAUUGGGUUCAAGUCCGUUUUUAUGGUGGCCUGGAAAGUUCAUAUUCAAUCGGGGGACUUUUCAUUCUCGUUCAAUCACCGACCUGGCGAUUCCGGGAUGGGAAUGAUAUCUCCCGUCUGGGAAGAGCCUGAGCAGAUCCCUGAGCCCCACCUCACACGGAUCACUCUGUAUUUGCAUGAACCUAGCACAGAUGAAAGCUUCUCUCGACAAUACGAGACCACACUAGAGCAAUUUCGAGAGCUCCAGGCUACAUUCCUUCUAUUCAUGAAGAACCUUCGGCGGAUCGAAGUGAAAAUCCAUAGUGAUCGCGGCGAAGAGACUUCUUCGACGAUAUUUACUCGAGAGCCUGGACAUGGCGACCGGCAGACCACGCUUCGACAGCGAACUGUUGAAGGCAGCAAUGUUCAAGAAACAAGCCAAGAUUACUAUAUCGCAACUGAAAAAGCAUGCCACCUUCCCAAGAGCGAAAACCGCACCUACACACAGAGUGAAAUAGAGAGCAACGCCUACGCUACAUCAGACGUGGUCGUUGCUCUUCCUUUGUGCCCGGACUUUACGCCGAUCAUCGAGGUACAAGACGUCUAUGCCUUCCUCCCCAUUCGGAAAAUGGGAUUCUAUUUCUUGAUCCAAGCCGACUUUGUCACGGAUGCGAGUCGUCAGGAUAUUGUUCGUUCAUCUGCUCGCAAUGCCGCUCUAAUACCCUUCAUUGCAAGCGCCUUUGUCCAGGCAUUAUCUAAACUAAGUAUUGCCCAGCAUUCAUCCAUUCGCUACACAUGGAUGCGAUUCUUGCCAGAGAUUGCAAAGAUGUCUCAAGAUCGCUUCUGGGGCAAGUUGGUAAACAAUAUUUUCUUCUUCCUUCUUGGAGAAGCAAUGUUGUGGACCAGAACACAUAGCCGAACACGCGGGAUCUCAUUCAUGCUGCGGACCGGAUCACGCUAUCUCGACAGGAGUUGGGAGUGUUUACUUCCCGACCUACAGGAUGAACAAUAUCUCGCCCCCGAAUAUAAAGCCCGGGAUCUGGAUCUCUUGAAAGGCUAUGGCCUUUGCUGGAUGGAGUUCUCCGACUUUCUUGUGAGGCUUGAACAAGACCUGGAUCAAGGCUCUGGAUCUAGAAUGCACGCCCCCGACACAUCUGAUGAUUGGCAUACUCGUGUCGCGGACAUCUUAAUUGAAGCCUGUCCCAAGUGGUCUACCAGAAUUAGAAGGCUUAAGAUCAUUCCGCUCGUGGGUGGAGCUUGGACCUCCAUAUCAGCCUCGAACUCUAGUAUAUAUUUUUCCUUCAUCGCGAGAUAUAAGAUUCCAUCCACAACAGGCGUAUGCCUAGUAGAGCCGUCAGCAGAACUCAACCCAAGGCGAAAGGCGCUCUUCCGCCUCAUGGGGGUUAAAGAGGCUGAGGUGCCUGAUGUGCGUCGUUGGGUACUUAAUUCUCUUAACAAAAAUAUUCCAGAUCUAGGGACUUCUCGAAAACACCUAGCUUUCCUCUACCAGACCGCUCACCUUGACCCAGACACGGAUCGAUAUGCAUAUUACAAGAAUUCAUCCGUCUGCGAUCAUCGAGGCUAUUGGCGAUCAAUACAGGCAAGCAGGUUGUACUUCCCCAGCCAUGACGAGUACGGGGCCCAGCAGCUACUACAGCCUGAGUCCGAUUACUCCGGACAUAGUUACAUCCUCCACCCAGAAUACAUCAACAAAAACACUCCAGAGACGCCUGAAGGGGAAAGUCGCACCUGGCAAAAAUGGCUACAACAAGUGCUCAACAUCCGCGAUGAGAUCCCCUUGGUUGAGGACGGCAGCCUCAGUAUAGAAUGCGCGCACGUUGGCAAAGCCCUGCCAGCGAAAUUUCUUGGUUUUCUAUUACGUUACUGGCUCAGUGGAGGAGACAAAGUUCUGGCCGAUCCAGCUUUGGUCAAAAAGCUCUUGACAGUCAAGGUCCCCUGUGAGGAUGGCAGGGAGCACCCCAUUGGUGAAACAUACGUUUGCACCGAACAUCUAGAGUAUGCGAAGCAAUUUCUCCAUGAUGGUGAGUUUUUCCCGUGGCUGGAUUCCUCCGUCGUGGCAGAGAAUCAAACACGCCUUUCAGACAUAUCUAUUGUCUCCAAGGCCCUAGGGUUCGGGUAUCCCAAGUCAGACAUUGAGUUCAUCUUCGUCGUCCUGCGUUAUAUCAAAGAAGCAAACCCAGGCCCUUCUCCGCUUCAGGAUAUAGGACGAGUCAUUGAUCUCUAUGAUCGGCUAUACACGAGAUGGCGGGAGUCCGCAACUCCGGAUAUCACACGGAAAAUGAUCCGAGACGCGUUUGAUAAGUAUCGCCUCGUUUAUAUUCCGCGUCCGGCCAACAACCCUAAGCACUAUGUAAGGUGGGAUGCCCCGAAAUGUUGCAUAUGGGAAUCCCCAGAGCAUAUUUGGAACGUCCACCCUCUUCAGAAACUCUAUGGCGACAUUCCCGAUACCGACUUCGUCGCUCGACUUUUUAAAGAUAUCCUAUGGAUUCGCAAUGUUGAUGCGAUGGACGUCUUAGAGGAGCUGGUGCUGUAUAGCCAGGAGAACAUAAUGGAGGAAGAUGGCGAAAUUUGCAGCCUAUACCAUACAUUAACUAGGCUAUUGCCGCAGAAGACCUCAGAAGACGUUGAAUAUAUCCGGGAAUCAUUUUAUAAAUAUAGCCUUAUCUACCACCAGAACGAGGAUGGCUCAUCGGGUUGGUACAAGCCUUCGCAAUGUCUAUGGUCAAAAGCCACAAACAUCGACGGGAUGGUAGCCUUGAACGACGAAUACGAAGGUCUGGAGGAGUUCUUUGUUGACAUAAUUGGCGUACAAACCUUAACGCUUGAGAUGGUGAUUACGAAAUUAGUCGACCAGGGAAGCACGUCUGCGUCUAUUGAGGAAGUCAAGGAGACUAUUUGGCUGCUAAACAAGCAUCUCCAAACAGACGAAGAAGUGCCAGAUAGUCAGUCGAUCCGGGAUGCGAAAGUGUUUCCCGUGCGGGAUCUCAAUGGCCAGAUCCUACUCCGCAGCUGCGACGAAGCAUUCUCAAUAGCGGAUCGUAAACACCUGUACGACUACUUUGCUGGAAAGGCCCACUUUCUCGACUUUAGUGUCAAUGACAUACAUCGACUGGCGCCCUUUUUGAACUGGGCUGGACUUGAGCGACGUUAUUUGUCCGUUUCUGUCAAAGAGAUUUCUAGGUUGAGCAAUGGUGCCCAUCAAUCUCUGGUGUCAAAAGAUCGAAAUAUAGCUCUCAGAGCGUAUGGCUUGCUGCGCAUCGCUGCACAUUACAAUAGCCCCAGAAUGCUAAAGAGUGAGGAUACCUUUUAUGAGCUUCUUAGAAAAAUCAAGGUCUGUGCCACGGACGGGAUUAGCUCUGAAUUGCAUCUAAACCAGGACGGAAAAGAUAUCUUGGUGGAAGUGUCGAGAAGUGAAUUACAUCUGCAUGAAGCUGAUACUGACCUGACAAUAUACGUGCCACGAGAUGAAAAGGCACAAUGUCUAUGCUUUGUGGACCGAAUUCCAAAAGCUCUUCUAGAAUGGAUCAUGACAGAGCCGACCACAAGAAUAUGCGCGCCUUUUCCUGACAGAGCGUUGGACGUGAUGGAGAAGGUGUUACAAGUGCCACUUCCCUAUGUCGCCGCUACCCUUGAUCGAGCGGGGGUUGUGAGUAUUGAGACCGAAGAGGUUGCUGAAGAGGACGAUACCGACCUGACAACCAGUAACGACGACCGUCAGGCGGAAGAGGUCAGUGGCGACGCAGCAUCUGGCUAUAGCAACCAAUUCGGCACAGAAUCAAAUACACCCAGUACAACCUUUCCUACGCCAUCAGUCGUGUCGGGUGAAAUCGGAGGAGAAACUAUGCCAUCGCCAAGGACCAGGCCUAAUUUCUGGAGCUUUCCACCCUCCUCUCUGCUGACGACCCCCAGGCCCGCAUAUAAUGCUGCGCCCGUAGAUAUAGAAUAUCGGUCCAUCUUAGACAAGGUUGUCUCAGCUGCGCGCCAGUUUAUCUUUCCCACUCGGGACUCUAUCGAUACAUCACUCCUCGGUGAGUUCCAGAACCUGCAUCUCCGCGAACAAGGCGACAAUACCGGCCACCUUCGUUCGCUAGAGAAGCUCGAGCGAGACAAACGAAUAGGUGCGGCAGGUGAACUAUUUGUAUUCGAAGUCCUAUCCCGUCUCAGCCCAAAUCUACCAGGAUUCUCCAGAGAAAACUGGCAGAGCACCAUCCGCCAGUACAUUCAACUUCACGAGGACUACAUCGACUUGCAACCAUGGUGUGGGCGUGAGACAGCCGACCUUGUAUAUACUGACAGCGAAGGUAUCAUGACCUCCUUCCUAAUAGCAAAAGGCUACUUAAGUUCCGAAUUAUGGGCGGGGAAGCGACCUCGUUUUUACCUGGAAGUCAAAUCAACUACCUCCUCCUGCGAAACGCCCUUUUACAUGAGCAAGUACCAAUACGAGCGGAUGCAAUCGUCUUCUGAAGACGCAUCAGGGACCGGGGGGUCAGAGAGGAUCUAUAUCAUAUUUCGCGUUUUCAAUAUAGGGACAAACUCUGUGGCAAUGAAGGUAUUCGUUGAUCCUGAGAGUAUGAGGAGGAGCCGGCAUUUGCUUUUCACUGCGGAGACUUGGUCGAUUGUUCCGGGUUCGGGCGAAGCACACUUGAACAACGGCGAUCAGCCCUAACUAGAUAUAGGGAAAUGGCCACGUUGUGUAUUUAUACCGAUCUUGAGGCCUCGCAGUGUGUACCUAACGUAUUUCUUUGCAAAUCUCCACCAAGAACAUAGCUGUCAAACUCGACCAUAUAGUUAUGCCAUUUUACGGAAACAGAGUUUUAGAAGAA